AUGCUCCAGGAAGGGGACGACGAAGACUCGGUACACUCGUCACGCGAUUCUUCACAGCCAUCGCUCGCCGCUGUCCGCUCCAAAGCCGGCAUGAGGCUCCGAUCGCAGUACCCCGCCGAUGCCAUUGAGAACCAUGUCGAGUACAUACUCGUGGCCUCGUUCGACAUUGACCGCGGGUCGGUCAUGGAACACCAGUAUCCAGCUGCCAUCAGUGGAGACGAGACCAUGUUGGCCGAGCUCAUGCUUCCCGACCAAGCACACGUGCGGAGUCAGGACUGGACCAUCUUCUUCUUGCACAAGGACACCACAGCCGAAGAGGAGGAGAGGGAGGCGAGGAGAGAGCGCAGGCGGAAGCGAAAGCGGCGGAAAGAGGGGCUGGACGACGACGACACCACGGCGGGUGCUGAGGAACUGGACGGCGUCGAGGACGCCGAAGGGGAUGAUGAUACCGAAAGUGAGGAAGAAAACGACCUCGACGGCCCGCCGCUGGUAUACGUCUUGAACUUGGUGAACACAAAGCAGGACAAUACCGUGAAAAGAGGCGCAAUUGUCAAAGCAAUGGCAAUCUGCACGCGACACUCUUUCCUGCACAUAUACAAGCCGCUCUUACUGCUAGCCCUCGAGGAAUACUUCAGAGCGCCAGUAAUUGAGACACUGGCCUCGCUAUAUAACGCUCUCAACGCCAUGGAUCUGUCGCUGCUACCAAAACUAUCCGGCCUGGAGAACUUUGUGCUUGGCGCCAGCGAUGCCAAAGACAUGUUCAUCGAGAAGUUUGAGCUCAUGGUCAGGCAACGCAAGAAGAUGGAUGCCGCGCGGGACUCGUUCGAAACUUCGUCCGACCCUCUGUUGAGACGCAAAACGUACGCGCUGCCUCGAGAUACGCACGAAUUCGAGUCCAAGAUCAACUACAAUGGUAUCCCAGUGCCCGUCAAAGUCCCGACAGCCCUCGGCCCAGAAACCGUGGGCGAUUUCUCUCUCAUCAAGCUCAUCCAGACAUUCUCCACACCCCAUUCAACACAACCUCAACCAUUCGCACUGCACCCACAUCUCACUACGAGUGGGGCAUACACUCACCCCAUCAUUGUCCUCGUCAAUGCGCUCUUGACACAGAAGCGCAUCAUCUUUAUUGGACACAAUCGACCCUCGAGCGAAGUCGCCGAAGCUGUGCUUGCAGCUUGUGCUCUCGCAUCUGGCGGAGUCUUGCGUGGCUUCGUGCGGCACGCCUUCCCCUACACGGACCUUACCAAAGUCGACGACCUGCUCAAAGUCCCCGGCUUCAUCGCUGGUGUCACCAAUCCCGCAUUCUCCUACAAACCAGAAUGGUGGGACCUACUAUGUGACCUUCCCACCGGCCGCAUGAAGAUUAGCAACCGCAUCGAGACCGCCUCGCCAACAGAAGGCUCGCUCUUCUUCCAGCAACAAACCCUACCCACAACCAGUCUUGGCGGCCUGCAGUUGAGUUCUGACAGCAAAAAUAGCAUAGAUACCACAGGCGAUAACCAAUUCAUGGAGGGCCUCCUCCAAAGCAUCGCGAACCGACACGGUGAAAACGCCAUUCGAGCGAAAUGGCGCUCCUGGGUUCUCAAGUUCACACGCAUCGCUGCCGCCUUCGAGGAAACCGUCUACGGUGCCUCUGCGUUGUACAUUGGCUCCCACGAGACCGACGGGGGCAUAUACGGUGUCUCUGGACACGGAUAUGUGUGGCCGGAUGAAGGCUCUCGGCUGCGCGAACUCGCUGCGAAUGUGCAUCGCAUUGAGGGCUGGCGGAAUACGAGGAGCUAUUACAGCUGUGUUCAGGACCUCGCGAGACACUGGAAUAAGAGACCAGUGCGAGGGAUCGACUUGCACCAUCAGCAUGAUAAGCUGAGGUGCUUGAAACUCACCCAUGAUCAGAGUGCGGCGAUAUAUCUUGCGCUUGCAAGGUGUGUGGAGGAGGCUGGAUCACCAAGCGAGAGCACAAAUGCAUCCUCCAGCGAUCUUUCAGCCAUGUCGCAGUCGCUUCCGCACACGAACCAUCCCGAGCAAAGACCUGGUCCGCAGCUCCAGUACGAUACCAUUCUUCAGCUUCUCUGUGUUAUACCAGAGACCAAUGCCGGGCUCUUCUACCUGAGUUUGGGGCUUUUCCACCCGAGGCAGGAUGUGAGAAUGGCGAUUGUGAAGCUGCUGGAGAGGAUCAUGGAUCAUCCCGCUGGUCGCCACUUCUGGACGAGCCUCGGACGCUUUGCUAAGCUGGCUUUGUUCCGCGUGAAGAGGGAAGAGGGAGCGCCGAGGUAG